GUGUGUCAGCCUACAGCCAGUAGCAGCAUUACUCUGUGUGUUCUCAUCAUGUAGACAACAGUUGAAGAAUGGCUGUGUUGCAGAGCGUGCUGUAAACAGCUGCUGACCACACAAACAGUCAGGAGAAAUUAAUUUGGAGAGUAAAAACGGGAUUAGAGAGAAUUCUGAAUGAAUCAGAGAGGAUGUAAACGCUGAUCAGAACUUCUAUCAUGGAACAUCUCAGCCUGCCUAAGAUCUCUGGAAUGGAGAGGAUACCAACUGGGAGGAAAAGGAAUCAGAGUCAUCCAUGCAGCUUGUUGAAGGAACCAACAACUGAACAAAGUUCAGGACAAAAUGGCAAUGAUGUCUGAGAUCAUCCUGAAUGUUCAGGGCUCAGUCCUUCACGCCACAUCAGAUGGUCACCAGGUGUCCUGCAACAAACUACCACAUGAAACAAUAAAACUGCGAUAGCAAGAAGGUAACUUCCUGGUCUUAGGCGUGUUUGGACGUGUUGGGAUAGAUUCAGUUCUCACCAUCAAACAAAACAACAGAACUAAAUAGUACAUACAUACUGACUCCUCAGAGCAAAUGAACAGCUGUUUCUUUGCAAGAUUCGGCUCUGGGGAUGAAUCGGACACUAGUGAAAUCUUAACAACAAAAACAUUUCAGCCUGGCUCUACAGGAGAAGAAUUUCUCCAAAUGAAGAAGAAGAAAACAUGGCAACAGUUAGCGGGUCACAACUCUUAUUACCCAGUUCAGAUUAAAUAAGCAUUGCUGUUGAUUAACAAACGCGCAGACAUGACCCACAACCUCAGUGUGAGAAUUGACACCCCGACCAACAUCUCUCUCAGUUCCACUGUCGCUGUCUCCGACUCGCUGGAGUACAAGACAGUUUCAGUGUUCCUGGUCCUGUUGGUUUGCUGUGUUGGCAUCGUGGGGAACAUCAUGGUGGUCCUUGUGGUCCUCACGACCCGCCACAUGAGGACGCCCACCAAUUGUUACCUGGUGAGCCUGGCCAUCGCCGACCUAACGGUGCUGGUGGCGGCGGGGCUGCCCAACGUGUCCGACAGCCUGACGGGGACUUGGAUUUAUGGACACGCCGGGUGCCUGGGAAUCACCUACCUUCAGUACCUGGGAAUCAAUGUGUCCUCAUGCUCCAUCACUGCAUUCACCGUGGAGAGGUACAUCGCCAUCUGCCAUCCCAUCAAGGCUCAGACCGUGUGCACGGUGUCGCGUGCUAAACGGAUCAUAGCGGGGGUCUGGAUCUUCACCUGUGUCUACUGUAUGCUGUGGUUCUUCCUGGUGGACAUUCAGGUCGGUCAGGAUGGACAUGUGCAGUGUGGCUAUAGAGUGAAACGGGAUCUCUACCUCCCCAUCUACCUCAUCGACUUUGCCAUUUUCUACGUCAUCCCGCUGCUCCUCGCCAUCGUGCUGUAUGGCCUGAUAGCACGGGUUCUCUACCUCAGCCCUCUACCGAGUCACACCGACACUGGCGCCACCACACUUCGAAUGAGCUGCCGGGACACCUCAGAGGCAGCGAGCACAGGACGUCAGGGUCGGCCGAAGACGGCGGUCUCCUCCAGGAAACAGGUGACGAAGAUGCUUGCUGUGGUGGUGAUCCUUUUCGCUCUGCUGUGGAUGCCCUACCGGACCUUAGUUCUGAUCAACUCCUUCGUGUCCACACCCUACCUGGACUCCUGGUUCCUCCUGUUCUGUCGGACGUGCAUCUAUGCCAACAGUGCCAUAAACCCUGUGAUAUACAACGCCAUGUCUCAGAAGUUUCGCUCCGCGUUCCGAGGGCUUUACAGCUGCCAGCGGACAGAGGGAAAUCAGCGGACACUGUCGACCGCCCAGACUGGCUUUGGUACAACCCGAGACCCGCAACCUACCCAGCAAAAAAGUAACAAAGCCAAUGAAAAGGAGAGGAGGGCCGUCCUGGAAAGUUCCUCUGAUCUGAGACCAAAUCACCACAGAAACGAACAUCAGGAGACAGCGGCGGUGAAUGGGAUGACGGCGGACCAUCGAACUGACAUUGGUCCUAAUGCCUUUGACUUCAGAGGGGCUCCAGAAGAGACGCUGCUGGGCGGGGAUCUGGACUUAGAUCAGUCAAUUAACAAACCAGUUAAUUCUGCAGACAGAAGUAAUAAUUAACAGGAAAUCCUGUAAAUACGUCCACAUUAUCAUGCUGUACCAUAUCUACAUAUUCCUUUCGAAAAACCACCAAACACAUUUAAGAUUCUUUGACUGAGAGAUCCUUCCAUAGUAGUUCUUAAAAUGUAUAUUUAUUAUAUGUAGAGAGGGUGCAAAUCUUUUAUUUACAUUCAAAAACACCCCCCAAAUUAGGUCUUCUAAUAGGCUUGUAAAAGGCUAUAGUGUAUAACUUAGAUUUGUAAAUUGAAGCGUUACUUUCAAAAGAAGUGUUUGGAGGAAAAUGUGUUUCAGGACAAGUUGUUUAUGAAGCUUUUACUUAAUUACUUUCAUUAAUUAAUGAUUGCAGGAUUAUUAGACUUAUUCUUGGACCUAUUAACAAAAGUUUAGAUGACUAUUGAAUGUGUGAACUACUUGUAGUUGUUCAACACCAGCAGAAGGACGAUCUUUCCUCCACCUAUGUGAAGGAAGACAAUUAGUUGGAAUGUGAGGGGAAGAAAUAUCAGAAAUCCUAAUGCCAGAUUAAUGUUGCAUUGAAUCUUUUGUGCUACUAAUCCCUAAAUUGAUAUACUGUAAUCUUUUUCUGCAAUACUAUGCUCCAUGUCCCAGAGCGCAGAGGAACAUAAAUGCCAUGAAAAAGGCCAGAGAUCAGUUGCAGGUUUAUAAACCCACUUGUGUCAUAUAGAAAAAAAAGCUUCUUAAAGGUUAGAAUUUAUAUGUUUUCUGUUGUAAAAACAAAACAAGCUGUGCCUGUGAUGGUGGUAACUUACAACCUUCUGAAUUUUAUUAGUUUAACUUGUGCCGGUCCUGUUAGGUCCCCCACAUUCUCCAUCAUCUAUCACAACCUUCAUUAUGACCUCAGUUUGGACGGUGCUACAUUCUUAACACAAAAUAUUUUUCCCCGCAACUUUAUUAGGCAGAGUUGUGCCAAUGCUUGUCAACUCAAACUGCGAGUCAGCCAAUCACAUGGCAGCAUCUGAAUGCAUUUGGGAAUCUAGACGUGGUGAAGACAACUUGCUGAAGUUCAAAGUGAGAAUCAGACUGCAGGAGAAAUGGGAUUUCAGUGACUUUGUUGGUGCCAGAUGGACCGGUCUGAGUGUUUAAGAAACUGCGGAUUUUCUAGAAUGUUCAUGCCGCAUCAUCUCUCAGGUUUACAGGGAAUGGUCCGAAAAGGAGAAAUAUCCAGCAAGUGGCAGUUCUGUGGAUAUCUCAUUGAUGUCGGAGGUCAGAGGAGAAAAGGCAAACUGGUUUGAGGUUAUGGAAAGUCAACGGUAGCUCACAUCAUCACUCACUACAUCCAAGGUAUACAGGUCCUUGGUACAAUAUGUGGAACCUUGAACCUGGUCCGAUACAUCUCAAUUUUGAUGCAAACAUGAGAGCAUGGAUUCAUCUUGCCUUCUAUCAACAAUUUGGGGUGAUGGUGGUAGUGUAAUGAUUUAGGGCACAUUUUUGGUCCCUGAGCAUCUUUUAAACACCACAGCCUACCUGACCAUUGCGGCUGAACAUGUCUAUCUCAUUAUAACUGCAGUGUACCAAUCUUCUGAUGGCUGCUUCCAGUUGCAUAGCCCAGUCGAUGGGUUUGCUGUACUACAGUUGCCUCUACAGUCACCAGAUCUGAACCCCUCUGGAAUGUGGUGGAACAGAAGAUUCACAUCAUGGAUGUGCAGCUGACAGAACCUUGAGAUAUUAUGUCAAUAUGGACCAAGAUCUCUGAGGAAUGUUUCUGACACCUUGUCAAAUAUUUGCCAUGAAGAAUUAAGGAGGUUCUGAUGGCACAAAAAGGUCCAACCUGCUAUCAGUAAGGUGUACCUUCAAAGUGACCAUUUAGUUUAAUUUCUCAACUAUUUUCACCAUGAACCUACCACAAUUGUAGAACAUGGAGGGCCAUGACCUGCCAGGAGUCUCUCAGACCCCAACAAGGUGCAGGAACCGACUGGACAAGUACGCUAGGCUAACAUGAUGUUACUGCCCUGGUUUUGUCUUGACAAGAGGUCUUCAUGGCUAGAAAAUGCUUUGAAGCCACAUCGGUGUCCCACAUCAUAGAUAGUUUGUCGCUCCACCCUGAUCCCUGUCACACUGGACCGUGAUAAAAAAAACAACUUGCUGUGGAAGUGUUUUGUAUUCUCUAAACCUGAAAUACUCGACUGAAUGGGGACCCUACUAUGAGUUAAUAGCUCCCGGAAGACUUCACAUAGACCCUGCAAGACUCUCCACUUUCUGAUGUUGUACGAUGUAUUGUAGCAGGGUCAAAACACCUCUUGAUUGAUUGAUUCUUUUUUAACAGAAGAAAAGAAUUCAAGCAUAUUUUUGUAAAUAUAUAUAUAUAUAUAUAUAUAUAUAUAAUAUUUUGCUUUACUUUCACAUAUGAUGAAAGUUCAAAAUAGAUGAAGAAACAGAGAUAUUAACCCAAUCAGAUCUGUACAGUAAAAACAUACACAUCUGCUAAGUCCAAACUUUUUUACUGACGUUUUAACAAAUUGAACUCAGCCAUGACUUUUGUUUUUCAGAAUUUUUUAACUGUAGAUGGUUGAAAAUAUAGUGUGGACUUUUAUGGAAUCAAAUAAUGUUAAUUCCUUAUUCAAUCCUCAACACAGCCUGUUGCAGGUUUAACUCCCAGCCCAGGUGACCUUUGGUGCAGUCCUCCCCCUCUCUCCACCCCUUUCCUGUCAGCUUAGUGUUGAAAAAAGGGAGAAAAAUAAAGUGAUUCAAAGAACAUUUUGAAAAUAAAGAGUGCAAAAGCACAAUGUUUUA